AUGACCCAUACUUCAAAGCUAUUGAAACUCCCCAAAUCACAAUCAUUCACUAAACGUAUCCUGCCCGAUAAGAGAGUUUGUGAUAUCGAGACGGCCCUAAAGAAUGAGAAUGGUAUAACCAAUACACCUCGAAACUUGAUUAGUGGUGGAUUUACAUGGGUCUUGCCAACUCCAAGGAAUGACUACCAGUUCUUAAUAGCGAAUCCCAGGGCACUAGAGGAUUUGGGGCUAGAUGUUGACGAACAAAAAAGUAUUAUUUUUCAGCAGAUUGUGAGUGGUGAAUUCUACAAUGACAGGAAAACGUUUAUGGAAAAUGGGUUUCCCAUGCCUUAUGCACAAGCAUACGCGGGGUGGCAGUUUGGCCAAUUUGCAGGUCAGUUGGGAGACGGGAGAGUCAUUGGAUUAUUUGAAAUCGCCAAACCUUUGCCCGAUGGCAAGAAUAGACCGGUUUUUGAGAUUCAGUUGAAGGGCGCUGGUAAAACACCCUUUUCUAGAUUUGCUGAUGGGAAAGCGGUUUUGGCGUCAUCGAUUAGAGAAUAUAUCAUAUCCGAGCAUUUGAAUGCGAUUGGAAUCCCCAGCACACGUGCGCUAUCUUUGACUUUGUUGCCAUCUACCUUGGCUCAAAGACAUAGUGCAGAAAGAUGUGCUAUUGUUGCUCGAUUUGCAGAAAGCUGGGUAAGGUUGGGAACAUUUGAUUUGUACAGAUACAAAGGUGAUAGAGAAGGAAUACGAGUAUUAUCUGAUUAUGUCAUAAAAGAGUUGUUUACAAUUGAUGGAAGGAGAUUUCAGAAUUUCGAAAAUGUUGUGCAAUUGAAACCUGGUUUGAUAAGCUCUUUGAAAGAGGAGGGGGAGGAGUUGACGGAUUAUGAUAAGAUGUACUAUGAGACGAUUAUCAGGAAUGCGGAAACCACUGCCAUGUGUCAAUGUUAUGGGUUUUUAAAUGGUGUUUUGAAUACUGAUAACACUUCUAUUUUAGGUUUGGCAAUGGAUUUUGGACCAUUUUCGAUAAUGGAUAAAUACGAUCCUGAUUAUACACCCAAUUCAGAAGACCAUCAAUCUCGGUAUGGCUAUAGAAAUGUGCCCACGGCGAUAUGGUGGAAUUUGACUAGACUAGGCGAGGAUUUGGCCGAGUUGAUUGGCGCGGAUGCAUCUCUAUUGAAGAACCCAGAGUUCAAAAACGGGAUUAAAGAAGAAUGGGAAGAGGAUAUAAUCAAGAGGGCCACAAAAAUAAUAGAGGUGGGAGGGGAGAUAUAUUUAUAUUCAUUUACUAAGAAAUAUGUUGAGACAUUUUUCAAGAGAUUGGGAUUAUCUUUGUCAUUGAUAGAUGUACAAAACCCCGAUGUACAAAAUGUUCAUUUGAUAGCGCCCAUGUUGGAAGUUUUGCAAAAAUUGCACACGGACUUUAACUUGUUUUUUUUAAAACUUCAACAAGUUGAUUUUGGCAAGAGCUAUUAUGAGAUUGCCGAGUCGUUUUAUAUGAAUGAUAAGGAGAGACGUGAUAAGGAGGAUAUUAUUGAACAAUUUGCCCAAUGGUUGGAGAAAUAUUACGUACUAAGGCAAAAGUCAAUGGAGUAUGCUGAUACUCCAAAUUCCCGCGACUACAAUCCCAAGUUUUUACCAAGAAACUGGAUUUUGAACCAGGUUAUUGAGCAGACACUUGGUUCGAGGGGACAGGAUAUCAGUUAUUUGGAGAAGUUGCAAAAAAUGAGCAGUAAUCCGUUUGAUGAGACCAAAUGGGGAGAUGAGAUGAAGGAUAUUGAGAGGGUAUGGAUAUUACAGGGAGAUAAAGGCGAGGACUAUACAAUGUUGCAAUGUAGCUGCUCGAGUUGA